AUGAGUGAAUACAAAGAAAGAACUCCACGAUUCCAAUUCAGUGGAGAACCUGAAGACUACGAUACUUUUGGAUUGAAGUAUGUAGCAAGAGCUAGCAUCAAAAGAUUUGAUGGAGUAAUCACUGGAGACGUGACUCUACGAACCAAACCAGAGAUGGAUGCUGAAACCGACGCAGCGAAGAUCAAGGAAGACGAGGAGAUCAAGGAGAUGAACAUCAAGGCCUUCAGUGACUUGUUGAUCAGCAUGAACACUGACACGGCAGAAGGAAAGGUCGCUUUCAAUUUGGUAGCGGGAAGCAGAGAUAAAGUCAACUACCCAAAAGGCAACGCGAAAGAAGCAUGGGACAAGUUGAAGGAUGAGUAUGAGCCAAAGACGAUCACCUCGUACAUCAAGAUGAAGAGCAAGCUAAACAAGUGUCACCUUGAGAAGUUUGCUAAUCCAGCUUCAUGGAUCACCGAACUCAGCAAGAUUUGUGUUCGUUUGGAAGAGAUGAAGCACCCAGUAAGUGAAGAGGACCAAUUCAUUCACAUCAUUGGAAGUUUGCCUUUGAAGUACAGACAAGAGCAAAAGGACUUCGAGAAAAUGAUGAAAGCGAACACUCUCACCAUUAAGUACAUCAAGGAAGAACUGAAUUCUGCACACGAGGACUUCGCCAACGCAACAGAAGGAGACGACGACGACGAAGACAAGGAAGACAAAGAUGUCGCUCUGGUUACUGGUCAAUUCAAAGGCACUUGCAACAACUGUGGAAAGUAUGGACACAAGAAGCUAAAUUGCCCUGAACUAACACCAGCAACUCGACAAGGAGGCAACAGGAACACGAACAACGGUAACCGAAACCGACACAAUGGGGGUGAACGAGGACCUUUCCUUGGAACCUGUUUCCAUUGUGGUAUCAGAGGUCACAAGAAGCAUGAAUGCAGAAGAAACCCAGAGAACCGAAACAGCGGAAACAACAACAACGGCAGCACCAACAACGAUGAUGUUGCUGAAGUUAUGUUGAUGGCAACAGAGUCAUUUAUUGCUCCAGACGAGCCCACAAAGAAAAAGAACGUCUGGUUUGAGUGGAAUGAAGAAUGUGAAGAGAGCGAAGAGAGCGACGAUGAGGAUGAAGACACUGCUGACGAAGUGAUUGUGCAUACCAUCGUGGAAGAUGCAAACGAUAAAGUUCCCGAGCACGGAAAUUUCCUUCACGACGAUUUCUUUGAUAAUUUUAUGGCGAACUUUGGACAAAAUGAUUGCGACGCGAAAAACGACGAGACAUUCCGCGCGACAAAGCCUACAAGUGAAUAUGCCUUUGUCACAGAAGAGAUUGAGAUCACACGCUAUUCUGACGUUGAUGGAUCAGGUACAUACGAUUCAGAUGGGGACGAGAUCCCACAACUAGUGGAACGAAAGAUGAAUGCUAAGCACUAUGCAUCAGACGAAUGGGACCACGAUAAUGGAAUGCCCGGAUACGACACCGACUCCGACGACUCUGACGAUGAUGACAUUCCACCAUUUUUGGUCAACCGACAUGGUGUUGUCCAUGGACAUGAUGAGGUACCAUUGAUUGACGGGCACGACAACAUCUCUGAUGACGACUCAACCUACGACGCGAUCCCUCAAUUAAUCGCACGACGACAAUACGAUAGCGAUGACGACGAUAGCGAUGAUGACAAUGACGACUCACCUCAUAACGAAGAUGAGCCAUACUUCUAUGAUGAUGAUGGAGAUGAUGAGUCGACAGUACAGACUGAAACAAGCCUCCAAGAUGAGAUCACUUCGACUCUCAACGGCAUCGCAAUGGCCAACAUGGAUAAAUGGAAAUCCGAGGAGAUGAAACUGACACCGCACACUUGGUUUGGAGACAGCGCAGCAAGUACACAUAUGUGCAAUGAUGACACAAACCUGUAUGACUAUGACGUCAUUCGAGAAGAGAUCAAGGUUGGAAGUGGAAAAACUAUUGUGGCUACUAAUAUCGGAAAGCUCAAGCUGCGGGUGAAGCAAACGAAUGGAAAGGUCGUGAUGAUGGUGCUAACACAAGUCAAAUUUGUCCCGGAGCUGUGGUGUAACCUUUUCAGCCUUACGGCCGCGAUGGACAAGGGUUUUGACCUAGGAAACCAAGGGCGAAUCAUCACAGUGACGCAUGGACCGACAACUAUCGGUUUUGACAUGGUAAGGUUAUGGGAUCGAGUCCUCGAUUCACAUUUCCCUUGUUGA